AUGACUUCUUCUCCUUCUACCGUGGCGGUCAUUGGCAGCGGACUCGCCGGUCUUUCCGCGGCCAUUCAAGCUCAUGAAGCCGGUCAUGUUCAUGUGGUCUUGAUUGAAAAGGAAAAAAAUAUCGGUGGCAAUUCCAUGAAAGCGACGUCGGGUAUCAAUGCCGUUGAACCUUUAUCGAACGAUACCGAACAACUAUUUGUUCAAGAUACACUUCAAUCGGGAGGCGGUUUAUCCAAAGCAAAUCUAGUGGACAAACUCGUUCAUGAGAGUGAGGAAGCGGUUGCUUGGCUCAAAGCACACAGUAACGAUCAAUCAUUGGAUUUAUCGGUUCUGUCUCAAUGCGGAGGUCAUUCGCGUGCACGAACCCACCGUUGCCCACCGCGACCGGAUGGUGGACCCGUGCCGGUGGGAUGGAAACUGGUUGAUACAUUAAAAGGCCAUCUUUUAUCCUUGGACCAUGUGAAAAUCUUGACAGAAACGAGAGCUUUGGAACUGCUCAAGUCUGAGGAUCAGAUAAGCGGUGUCAAGGUAGAAGAUGGUCACGGUCAGCGAGAGAUCAAAGCCGAUGCCGUGAUUCUGGCGAGCGGCGGUUUCGGAGGGCAAACAGCGACAACACAACCUGACCAACGACCAUCGUUGAUGAAAACCUACGCACCACAGUUUCUCAAUAUCGCCACCACCAAUGGUCCAUGGGCCAACGGAGACGGAAUUCAACUUGGUUUGGGCGUCGGAGCCGCUCUCCGAGACAUGGAUCAAGUGCAGAUUCAUCCUACAGGAUUCAUUGACCCUCAACAUCCCAAUGCAUCGACAAAAUUCUUGGCCCCCGAAGCGUUAAGGGCUUACGGUGCGGUGUUAUUGAACGGACAAGGCCAUCGGUUUGCUGACGAAUUAUGGCGACGGGAUGCCUUGUCUAAAGCGAUUUUUGAUCAAGCCAAUAAAGUGACUGAACGACCGCAUAGUUGGAUGACAAAGUUGUCGCUGACAGUUCCCGCCGCCUACAUGGUGAUGACAGACGAAGCCGUGGAAGGGUUUGGAAAAUCGACGCUCGGGUUCUAUGCAUCCAAAGGAUUCUUUAUCAAACACGACACCGUGGCAUCGCUAGCGACUCAGUUGGAUACGGAUGCGCAAGAACUACAGCAAGAGUUUAAAGACUACGACGAACAUUUCGAAAAACAAACGGCCGACGCGUUUGGAAAGACUCGGUUUCCGUGCCGUUUGUUGCCUGCUCACGGAACCACGUACUGGGUGUCGAUGGUGACGCCUUGUGUGCACUAUACCAUGGGAGGAUUACAAAUUGAUGAAACGGCCCAAGUCAUGAAUGACAAGCAGCAACCCGUGGUUGGAUUAUAUGCUGCAGGUGAAGUGACAGGCGGUGUUCAUGGUCACAACCGUCUGGCCGGCAACUCUUUAUUAGAAUGCGUCGUCUAUGGUCGAACGGCCGGCCGCUAUGCCGCCAACCAUGCUAAAAAAUCCCAUCAAUCCCCCCAAUAA